CGGGAGGAGCUUCUCCGGGGCGCCAUUGUAGAGUGUAGGAACACGAACACGAACACGAACACGAACUCUACUGCCGGAGUGUUCGUGAGUGUUGGGGCUGCCGAGAAUAAAAUUUAGGUCUGGCAUCGCAGGUUGGGGUCUUGUCGCGCGACCGGGAGAAGGAGACGCUCUGGACGAAGUAUCGGGGGAGCAUAGUCGUGGCUGGAGUCCACCUUUUUCGUCGAGGUCGGGUACUUGGGCCUAUAACCUAACGAUUACUGCCUGUUAGGUUGGCGCGGGGCUCCUCGCUCGGGAGCAGACGAGGACGGGGUUUGGCAGUACACACUACGUCUGGAUUAGACGUUCGGGGGACAAGGGGAGUUCUGUCGCUCCGGAGAGUUUUCGAGCAUGCAGCACUGUUGGAGCUUGUGACGUUCUGGGGGGAAGGUGCCUGUGCUGCAAAGCUGAGGAAGUCUGUGUUGCACUAUUUCUCGACUUAUUUGGAGUAGCGAUCAUCGAAGGCAAGCAUGGGGUCGGAGAGGAAGAGGAAACUGAGUUUGUUCGAUGUGGUGGAGGACACCUCGAGUUUAGCGGGCAAGACCAAGGCGAAUGGCGUGCCUCUUCUGAAUCCGUAUACGAAUCGGCCAUACUCACAACGCUACUAUGAGAUUUUGGAGAAGCGCAGAACACUGCCUGUGUGGCAGCAAAAGCAAGAAUUUCUCGACAUUUUGGCAAAACACCAAACGAUGAUAUUGGUUGGAGAGACUGGGAGUGGGAAGACCACUCAGAUCCCCCAGUUUGUGGUGGAAGCUGGAUACACUGCCAACAGGAAACAGAUUGCUUGCACUCAACCCCGGAGAGUGGCAGCUAUGUCUGUAUCUAGACGCGUUGCAGACGAAAUGGAUGUAACCAUUGGAGAGGAAGUUGGAUACAGUAUUCGAUUCGAGGAUUGCAGCGGUGCCAAGACGUGUCUGAAAUACUUGACAGAUGGUAUGCUUCAAAGAGAAGCUAUGACUGAUCCACUUUUGGAGCGGUACAAAGUUAUUAUUCUUGAUGAAGCUCACGAGAGGACGUUGGCAACUGAUGUGCUCUUUGGGUUGCUUAAAGAGGUCUUGAAGAACCGGCCAGACUUAAAGCUUGUCGUCAUGAGUGCUACUUUAGAAGCGGAGAAAUUUCAAGCGUAUUUCAAUGGGGCUCCUCUCAUGAAGGUGCCAGGAAGACUACACCCUGUGGAAAUUUUCUAUACUCAGGAUCCCGAGAGAGACUAUUUGGAGGCGGCAAUCCGGACGGUCGUUCAAAUUCACAUAUGCGAAAACCCUGGAGAUAUUCUGGUGUUUCUUACUGGUGAAGAGGAGAUAGAGGAUGCUUGUAGAAAAAUUACUAGAGAGGUACAAAAUUUGGGCGACCAAGUAGGACCGGUGAAAGUUGUGCCUCUUUAUUCGACGCUUCCUCCUUCAAUGCAGCAGAAGAUUUUUGAGGCCGCCCCUGCACCAGCUAAGGAAGGGGGUCCACCCGGGAGGAAAAUUGUGGUGUCUACGAACAUUGCUGAGACGUCUCUUACUAUCGAUGGAAUCGUGUACGUUAUAGAUCCUGGAUUUGCCAAGCAGAAAGUGUACAAUCCGAGAAUCAGAGUCGAGUCAUUACUAGUUUCCCCCAUAUCGAAGGCCAGUGCCCAUCAAAGGGCCGGACGUGCUGGUCGUACACAGCCUGGAAAGUGCUUUAGGCUGUACACCGAGAAGAGUUUUCAAAACGAUCUCCACCCACAAACCUAUCCAGAAAUAUUGCGAUCGAACCUGGCCAACGUUGUUCUGACCUUGAAAAAGUUAGGGAUAGAUGAUCUUGUGCACUUUGAUUUCAUGGAUCCUCCUGCACCAGAGACUUUAAUGCGUGCUCUGGAGCUUUUGAAUUAUUUGGGAGCUUUGGAUGAUGAUGGUAACCUAACGUCAAUGGGAGAGCUGAUGAGUGAAUUCCCUUUGGAUCCUCAAAUGUCGAAGAUGCUCGUGAUAAGUCCCAAAUUCAACUGCUCGAACGAAAUCUUAUCCAUCACUGCGAUGCUCUCAGUCCCCAAUUGCUUUCUACGCCCAAGGGAGGCCCAGAAAGCUGCUGAUGAAGCUAAGGCUCGAUUCGCACACGUGGAUGGCGAUCACCUCACGUUGCUCAACGUUUACCACGCCUAUAAGCAAAAUAGUGAGGACCCUACAUGGUGUUAUGACAACUUCGUCAACAUCCGUGCGUUGAAGUCAGCCGAUAAUGUACGAGGGCAACUUGUCCGAAUCAUGAACCGACAUAACCUGAAAAUGUGCAGCACUGAGUUUACAAGCCCUGCUUACUACCCGAACAUACGGAAGGCAAUGCUCGCAGGUUAUUUUAUGCAGGUUGCUCACUUAGAACGUACUGGACACUACUUGACGGUGAAAGAUAAUCAGAUGGUACAUCUUCAUCCCUCCACGUGUUUGGAUCAUAAGCCGGAGUGGGUUAUCUACAACGAAUUUGUGUUAACCAGUCGGAAUUUCAUAAGAAUCGUGACCGAUGUGAAAGGAGAAUGGCUCAUUGACAUUGCUCCUCAUUACUACGAUCUGACUAACUUCCCUCAAUGUGAGGCAAGGCGAGUGCUAGAGCGGCUUUACCAAAAGCGAGACAGGGAGAAAGCCGACUGUAAGAGGAAAAAUUAGAUCACUCAAGAUCCAGUCUAUGGGCUUCUUGAGAAUAAGGUAGAAUCACAAUGUAGAGAAAGUUGCAGGCUUCUAUGUAUCAUGUAACGAAAUCUUGAGAGCCAACCACUAUUUUUGAGAGAGGUGCUUUCGUAAUAUGAAACAUUUUUGAUAGCAGAUUCGCAGGAAACAAAUGCAUUCUGAUGGAUUUUAGCGCGCUGCACAUUCGGUAGAAGCACGUAGGAAAGCCAUUGCCAUUUAAAACGUUCCUAUGCGCCUGUGAGUGUUAUUCGUUCAUCUCUCUUCUGUUUGCCACAC